UGUCGGUGAGCUCGGACCUUCUUUUCUCCGCGCCGCCGGAUGUAGAGCAAGCUACAUUUCCGGUACCGGGCGGCGCACGUGUCUCUUUUCGGGUGGCCCCGCUUGCCAAAAUGAAGUUCAAUCCAUUCGUGACCUCGGACCGAAGCAAGAACCGCAAGAGACACUUCAAUGCGCCCUCGCACAUCCGGCGCAAGAUCAUGUCGUCCCCGCUCUCCAAGGAGCUGAGGCAGAAAUACAACGUCCGCUCGAUGCCCAUCCGGAAGGACGACGAGGUCCAGGUGGUUCGUGGACACUACAAAGGUCAGCAAAUUGGCAAGGUAGUCCAGGUUUACAGAAAGAAAUACGUCAUCUACAUUGAGCGUGUGCAGCGUGAAAAAGCUAAUGGCACAACUGUUCAUGUGGGCAUUCACCCUAGUAAGGUAGUUAUUACCAGACUAAAACUGGAUAAAGAUCGCAAAAAGAUUCUUGAGCGUAAAGCCAAAUCCCGACAAGUUGGAAAGGAGAAGGGCAAAUAUAAAGAAGAAACUAUUGAAAAGAUGCAAGAAUAAAAUGGUCUGUUAUACAGUUGUAAUUAAAAAUUAAAAUUAAG